GAUGGCGGCGUCCAUGAAAGCGUUGCUUUUUAGAAAUGUUCUGAGAAAAUAUAAAACGCUAAACUGUUGUCAAUGUAAACAGUUAAUACGAUUGCUGAAUACAAAUGUUAAAAUUAAGGAGACGGAUAUUGCUAGGAAUCGAUGGCAGUUGUGGAGUGCCAUGUGUGUUGUACGAUUCCCUGUUAUAUCCACUGAAUUAAACAACAUAGAGAAACGGUAUAGUGAGAUGCUUGCGAGAGUGGAGUUUGAAAAUAGCAUGCUUUCGGACUUUGAGCUUUGGCAUAUGCAGGAUUUAGCACGAAGAAAGAAGCGUAUGGAGAAUCCAACUCAUGAGGACUUUGAUGAAGAUGUGGGAACAUCUACAGCACAGGAUUUUGAAGAUGCUGGUGUGGAAGAAUUUCAGAACUUUACAGUGACUCCACGCACCACUGAAGCUGACAACACCAACAACAGACGCUCCCUUAAACGCAAGCUUGAUCGGAAGCUAUUUCUAGUUGUAAAGCAGAAGCUUGGGAAGAACGAAGAGUGGGUGUUCCCUAUGGGUGCAAAUAAGGAUGGUCAGUCAUUAAGGGAAACAGCAGUAGCAACUUUAUCGAGCACCUGCGGUGAGGAUGUAAAAGCUCAAGUAAAUGGCAAUGCUCCUGUGGGAUUUUACAAGUAUAAGCUUCCAUCGGGCAGUGCUACCACUGAUGGGUAUUUUGGAGCCAAGAUAUUCUUUUACCAGGCUCAGUUUCUAGGGGGUGUGCCAAAGAACGGUAAUGGUAUUGUGGAUCACUUGUGGUUGACUCAGGAAGAAAUGGCUCAGUUACUUAAUAGAAAAUAUUUUUCAGCUAUUAGCAACUUCAUUUUUGAAUGAGAAAUGUGAAUACCUAGCUAUGACUCAUAAAAGUAUUAUAUUGUAGGAUGCUUUUUAUAGCUAAAUACUGCAAUUGUAUAGAUAUUAUUCAUCACAGUAAUUUGGUUUUUGCAUCAAAAUUUCCUAAAUGUUCUUAAUUUACCAGUACCACAACACUACAAUAAUAUGUGUGAUUACAUCGAAUACAUUUUUAACAUGAAAUGGUGAUUCUUGUGCAUUUCUUGCCAUUCUAAAUGGAUACUGUGCAAAUAGUAUAGUCAACAUCUCACAUAAUGUAACGGUACGUCUACACGUCGUAUAUUUAGCAUAGUUUAAUUGGUCAAUAAAACCUAUUGAUUUCUACUUAUCAUGAACUGCUCCUAGGCUGUAUAACGUAUCACCAUCUUUAUCGUACAAACUGUAAAAUACAAAAAAUAUGUAUCUGUGUAAA